AUGUCGCUCAACCUCAAAUCCCUCUCCCCCCUGAAGCGGGCAUGGUACAAGUGGAAAGCCAUCAAGUUCCCAUGGCGUAACAAGCUGCUCGUCGGCCUCGACCUAGCCGGCAAUGCCUACUAUCAGUUCCGCCCCACCCGCUCCACCAUCCGCUGGCGCCGAAUAGUCCAGUACCCAGGCGGUCGCAGCACCCACUUCAGUGACGUUGCCGUUCCCCCUUCCUGGCACCAAUGGCUUCGAUAUACGCGGGAUGAGCCGCCGACGAUAGAGGAACAGGAGGCCGAAGUGGCGCGGCAGGAGAGGAUCAAAGUACUGGCCAAGAUGGCGGAUGAGAGAUGGGAAGCCAAGGCAAAGUACAUUCCGGAUUCAUCGCCAGGUGAACAACCAUCAGCAACCAGGACCAUUGGAAAGCCAGGCGAGGAAUAUGGGCAGCCGGUUCCGCCUCUGGUGGGCGAGGGUAUGAAGAAAAGCAGUCCCUAUACGGAAGGGACAGGUGGAGGGGUUGUGAGCGAUGUCGAGACGAGUGGUGUCAGCAAUCAGGCUGUCUUUGGGAGUGAGGAGCCGAAACAGGCUGCGAAGGAAGAGCAGGAGAAUAUUAGGGCGACUGCUACGGAGACUGCUACUCAAGCGGCCGCGAAGACUGCUACGGAUUCCGGGACGAGCUCCACCGCGGCACAUGCGACGCCAGCAGACCAGACAGCUGGAGCGAGGGAAAGCACAUGGGAUCAAAUGAUGAAGGAGCAAAAGCAGCUGAAGAAGAAGAAGGGUAUUGAUCCAUGGAAGCAGGCUCAGGCUACUAACCCCAGUGGGGAGUGGCAGCCCAAGGCGUGGGAUCCUACUGGGAACUUGGGCAACAAGAAGCGCUGA